UUAGGGUUUCUCAGAUUUCGGCUUCUCCAGGCGAGAUGCGGUCAGGCGACCCCAAACAUCGGAGUACAGUUAGAGUACCCCAUGUCUGUAGGCCCGAUGAUGUAACUCAAGCCGACGGCGCAUUGGCACGGACGGGGCGACGGCGGUGCAUGUGCGCUCCCCAAUUAUUUAUUUAUUCCCUGGCGUGUAUUAUAUAUUUAUGGAUAACACAAUCUCUUGCGAGUAGUGGCGGGGAUCGGUCUACGAAAAUCGUAUGCGAGUGUAUUUCUUUUCAUGACCUGUGGUGCUGGCUGUAGCACCAUGGCUCAGACGCUGCAGAUGGCCAUCCCCAACUUUGGCAACAACGUCCUGGAGUGCCUGAACGAGCAGCGGCUGCAGGGGCUCUACUGCGACGUGUCGGUGGUGGUGAAGGGCCACGCCUUCAAGGCCCACCGCGCCGUCUUGGCCGCCAGCAGCUCCUACUUCCGCGACCUCUUCAACACGGGCAGCAAGAGCGCGGUGGUGGAGCUGCCGUCGGCCGUCCAGCCGCAGAGCUUCGAGCAGAUCCUGUCCUUCUGCUACACGGGCCGGCUCAGCAUGAACGUGGGCGACCAGUUUCUGCUCAUGUACACCGCCGGCUUCCUGCAGAUCCAGCAGAUCAUGGAGAAGGGCACCGAGUUCUUCCUGAAGGUCAGCUCUCCCUCCUGCGACUCCCAGGGCCUGCAGGCCGAGGAGGCGCCACCCUCGGAACCCCAGAGCCCGGUCACCCAGACCUCCGUGGGGGGCGCUGCGGUCGCCGCUGGGGGAGUCAACGGAGGCGUGGCCUCCACGGGGGCCGGCCGCCCCGCCUCCUGCCUUACCCCUCUGCCCUUGGUGUCCCGAGUGAAGAUGGAGCAACAAGACACCUCACCCUACUCUGUGGUCUGCACACCGGUGGCGAAGCGCCUCUGGGAGGGGGGCAACCGGGAGGCGGGCGGAGUCUCCGGAGGCGGGGGCGGGAUGCGCAAGGCCGCCCGUCUGUCCCAGGAGGUGGGCCGGGGUGCAGUGGCUCCUCCCCUGGGUGGAGCUGGAUGCCCUAGCAACAGCAACAACAACAAUAACAACAGUGCCACCCCCGAGGGCACCAGCCCUGGCACUCUCAGCGCGUAUGCCAGUGACUCCCCGAACUCCUACCAUGACGACGAGGAGGAGGACGAGGCAGCGGAGGAUGGCACUGAGGAGCAGUACCGGCAGAUCUGCAACAUGUACACCAUGUACAGCAUGCUCAAUGUGGGGGCUGCAGCCGGGGACCGCGUGGACGCGCUGCCCGAUCACCUGACCUCCGACACCAGGAACCGGAUGCGCGUGCGGCAGGAUCUCGCCUCCCUGCCUGCGGAGCUGAUCACCCAGAUCGGCAACCGCUGCCAUGCCAAGCUGUACGAGGAGGGCGACCCGGCCGAGAAGCUGGAGCUGGUCACAGGCACCAGCGUCUUCAUUACUCGGGCCCAGCUGAUGAACUGUCACGUAAGUGCCGGGACCAGACACAAAGUGCUCCUGAGGAGGCUGCUGGCCUCCUUCUUUGACCGGAACACUCUGGCCAACAGCUGCGGGACGGGCAUCCGCUCCUCCACCAACGACCCCAGCCGCAAGCCGCUGGACAGCAGGGUGCUACACGCCGUCAAGUUCUACUGCCAGAACUUUGCCCCGAGCUUCAAGGAGAGCGAGAUGAACGCCAUCGCGGCCGACAUGUGCACCAACGCCCGGCGCGUCGUCCGCAAGAGCUGGAUCCCCAAGCUGAAGCUGCUGAUGGCCGAGGGCGACGCCUACUCCGGCUUCCUGCCCGACGGCGUCAAGAUGGAGGCCGACGGGCUGGGCACCGAGCAUGCCUUCGAGACGGCCGCCCUGGACGCGGGGGCCCCGGGUGACGGGGGCGCCUCCGAGGGCCUGCCAGGGGUGGGGGGUGACGGUGGGGCGAGCACUUUAUUUUAGUAAGUGACCCCAGUUCCCAUCCACCACCCGCACCUCAAACCACGUCCUGGCUCCAAAGUUCGUUUUAUUUCCCCGUACUGGGUUUUGCUGCCCCCUGGGGGUGGGGGGAGGAGGGUAGAUGUGGGGUGGAGUCUCACGGCAAGGGAUGGGGAUGUGGGGGGGGGGGGGAUAUGGAGAGGGGGUUUCUGAGGGAACGAGAGAAUAAGCCCCCUGUUUAACUGUUAGAGUGGUUAAUAACGCCCCCCCCACCUCCUUCAGACAGCAGUCCCGUAUCAUUGCCUCGCCCCCACGUUAAGAGAACAUUCCCGGGGGGGGCACAGCGGGGCGGAAGGGAGCUUAGCCAACCUGCUAAAACUGUCCCAAAUUUGAAUGUACUUAUCAGAAAUUUGGAUGGUACAGAUUCGACCCCCCCGUGACACAGGUGGAUUAAUGUCUUGCCAAAUCAGAAGAGGCUCCCAGAUGGAAUCUCCCCCCCCGCCCCUCCCCCACGUCUUCCCCCGAACCCUCGGCAUCGCCUAUGUCCUAGAAAACCUCACCGUUUCUCUUUCGUUUUCUUCCAUAUUUUUUUUUUCCAUGUCUUUCUGCUUUUUUCUGUUUGUCUAACAUGCCAAGGACCCCGGGACAGAGGGACUGGUCACUGAAGAUUGUGAAGGAGCAGGUGCUGCAUGGCUGUCCCGCUUUUAAAUGGAUUUAUCCAUGCGCAUAGGCGUCUUAUGUGUAUAGAGGGUUAGAGAGGGAUUGUUUUAAAAUCUCGCGUUUCAGACUGACUUAUUUGUGAAGAAAAUUCCCGUUAAAAGUUUAAAGCGAAUGAUUUUUCUUUUUUUCCUUUUUGCAUCUUAUCCAAAUAUGAUUCCAUUUUUGUUAUGUCUGGGUUUUAAUAAUGUUGGGUGUUUCUGUGUGCGUGCAUGUGAGAGAGAGAGAGAGAGAGAGAGACUGCAGCUUGCUUUACUGUUCUCUGACUUGGGAGUUUUUGUUUUUUGUUGGGAGGGUGUCUCUCCAUUUCAUUUUUAUUGAGGCUCAUAAAUUGCUACAGACUUCUCGCCCAGGGAUUUGCGGCCCUCAUUGGGCAGCCAUGGCUCUGCUCCUCAUUGUGCUAUUCUGGGAAGCCCUGAAACCCCCAGAGCACAACGCACCCACCCCACACCCUUGUUUCCUCAUUGGUCCAUUCAGCUGCCUGUCUCGUUAAAUGUGUCAGGCCCUUCUUAUUGGUCACACCUCCAACAUGCUUCUAACCCAUUGGUCAGCUCCUGCUGCCAGACUGACUAGCCCUUCCAAUCAGAUUCUUUUCCCAGGAUGAUGAAGCUGGUACCAGGGGAAAGCUUUUUAAUUGGAAGGCUGGUGUUUCCAGAUCGCACUGUCCCUGAAGAAGCCCAAAUUUGCAUAAAGAGCCUUUGAUCCUUGGUCAACGCUGCCUUCAGGUUCGUGAUUUUUAAGAGCGACCACUGAAAGCAAGCCGUUUUCAUCGUGAUUGGGGAAAUCUGUCUCUCAUAUUCUGGGUUUGUCACACUGGAGAGGGCCGGUUUGGAACAUGAUCAGGGAAGAGCGGACGGCCAGUGGAGGGUCGGUCCGAGGAAGGGAGCUGUCUGUCAGCCCCAUGUGAUGAGUUACUGGGUCAGCACUAGUCUGCUCGUUACUGCCACCCAAAGGCGAGAGGCUGAUCUGCGGUGGCAUGGAGAAAGUCAAAGGGCACAUUUUUGGUAGUGUAUUAUAUACAAAGUUCUUGUGUGUGUGUGUAUAUAUAUAUAUAUAUAUAUUUAAAAAAAAAACUUCGUAAGCAUCAUCCCUCCCUCAAAGCUGGUCAACCCAAAGUGCCCCCCCCCCCACCCCCAGAGAGUGCUGUGGAAAGAGUUCUUCCCAGUUUCAUGGCUUUCCAGACUGUUUUGGUGGUGGCGAGAAAUUUGCACAUUUAUGAAACGUUUCAGCAUUGCCUUAAAUACGGAGAUGGAUCCUGGGAAGUUGGGGGAGGGGGGCAGUGGGCAGAGAGAAGGAUGGCUCCUGUAAUCACCCCCCACUUGUGCUGACCCUCGGGGCCCUGCACCGACGUGUCUAUGCGCGCCCGAGACGGGCAGAGGGGUUUAGGCGAGACGCAUGUUGGCGUGAUUACGGCUGGGUGGUGUGUUUACGCUGGGAUCCGGGGCUUGUGUUUGUUUUGCGUGUGACUCAUCACCAGAAGUGGCUGGAGACGGCACAGACAUGGGGGAGGUGUUUUUUGGGGGGAGUGGUCGUCUGUGAUUCAGUGAGGAGACAUUCUCCACACAAACACCAGAACGACAGCGGGCAUUCGGGCGUCAGACCGUAACGCCAUGACUGAACAGAACCUUGAGCGGCGUUCGGGCCUGCUGAUUGGUUCUGUUCAUGUCAGUCUCUCUCUCUGACCUAAUUAAAGCAAGUAGUGUGUGUGUGUGUGUGUGUGUGUGUGUGUGUUUGUGUGUGUGUGUCUGUACGUGCACAUGCGCGUUUCGGAACAGACUGUGUUUUUUUCGCGUGUGGCCUCCUCUGGGACGCUGACUGUUUGUUUCUUCUGCACCUUUUCCGUCAAACGAGUGGACGAUGGUGCACGCCGCAGUCAGCUUCAAGACGUAUGUCGAAAAGGAAUGAACGUCCCAGAUGUACAUAUCGAUCGGAUUGAUUUUUUUUUUUAAUUAUGGGGGAGGGCUUGUUAAUGAAUGGGAUGAGAACGGGAUUAUGGGCGGGGCUCUUCGUGAAUGGGAGGGCUGGGGUUUGAGGGAUCGAUUAGCUCCUGAUUUUGAAGGGACUGUUCUGUAUGUUCGAGACCAGAUGCUGACCGUCGUCCAAUAGGAGAAGGCGGAGUUCUGACGUUUCCAAACCCAGAAGGGACGUGAUCGGGACCAAAAGAAAGAUGGCUGCUGCAGCCUCUGACCCCCCAAAGAUGACUGUUUGGGUUUGGGUGGGGUGGGGGAGGGGUCUCAUUCGUCUGAAUAGACUGCCAGGUCUUGUUGUGUUGUGUUUAGUGCUGCGAAUUUCCAGUGAAGCUGCGAAUUUCCAGAUGGGGAAUUAGUGAAGGGAUUGUGUCCGUAAGACGUUUCACGUGUUUGUUUUUGUGUGAGCUCCUCUUCACUGACAUAUGAUGGCUUGAUCCACGCCUGCUACUGAUAUGGGGUGGGGG